AUGACGUAUGACUUUGCCGUAAACGAGACGAUUUACUGGCCAACAGCUGACCCGUUUAAUAUGACGGUCGUAUUUAAGGGUAUCGUCCCAUCGAGCGGAGUUUACUUAGAGGUCAAUAAUUUCUGUGCGGCUGAGCACGGAGGAACGCAUAUCGACGCCCCUUCCCAUUUCUAUCGAGGCUCCUGGGUAGUUGAUCAUAUUCCCGUUGAUGGAGUGAUCGGUGAUGCCGUCGUUGUAGACGUUACCGCCAAGGUCUCUGGAGAUAAAGAUUACCAAGCGACAGAACUUGAUCUGCGUGUGUGGGAAGAGAAACAUGGUAGGAUACCGGACGGAAGUAUUCUAUUCUUGUACACGGGCUGGGGACGGCACUGGCCGAAUAAAGAGAAGUAUCUCGGCACGACCACGAAGGAUACGAGCUUGCUUCGUUUUCCUGGUCUUCAUCCUGACGCGGCGAAGUGGCUAGUCGAAAAUCGCAAGAUCAAAGCCUUCGGGAUUGAUGCAGCUUCCCUGGAUUAUGGCCAGACCAAAACGUACAAAACCCAUACAACACUCUUCGAGAAGAAUAUUGUAGGGAUAGAAAACGUAGCGAACCUAGACCAACUUCCUCCAACAGGAGCGAUGGUAAUCGGUCUCCCCAUGAAGAUUCGCGGGGGUUCUGGCGCCCCGCUCCGUAUCAUUGGUCUGUUGCCACAGGCAACUAGAUCGGCUGCAAUAUAUAACACUGCCACGGAAUGGCUGAUACUCAGUAUUGCUCUCUUUAUUCUUGCUGUAAUAGCUGUAUGA